UUGUUGUUUCAUCAUGUCUGGUCGGGGCAAGGGCGGCAAGGGGCUCGGCAAAGGAGGCGCCAAGCGCCACCGCAAGGUGCUGCGCGACAACAUCCAGGGCAUCACCAAGCCGGCCAUCCGCCGCCUGGCUCGGCGCGGCGGCGUCAAGCGCAUCUCRGGGCUCAUCUACGAGGAGACGCGCGGUGUGCUCAAGGUGUUCCUGGAGAAUGUGAUUCGCGACGCCGUCACCUACACCGAGCACGCCAAGAGGAAGACUGUCACGGCCAUGGACGUGGUCUACGCUCUCAAGCGCCAGGGUCGUACUCUCUACGGCUUCGGCGGCUAAAGCAUGUCUGCUCCAUUCAGGCCUCUCUGAGAAAUUCAAAGGCUCUUUUAAGAGCCGCACACUUAAACUCAAAAGGAGCUGUGUUGCUUUAAAGCUGUUCUAAGUGUAACGUUUUCAAUUCAUAUUUAUCAACAUCGUGUUUCAGUUUUCCAGUGAUACUUAAACCUGUAGAAAGUUGCUGGCCCCUUGGUAGAUGUGCUGAUAAUACGCUGAAAUGCAUCCUAGCCAAAAUGAUAAAACAAUGCUGCUGAUUUUUAAAUGUUCCAAGUUUUAGACUAUUGUUACCUGAGGACGGUAAAUCAGCAACAAAAUAACCUAAAGUGACCCUGUUGCUGAGGSCUUAGAUGCCUUCCCCUCCGUGCUUCUCAUUGUGGGGGUGGGGCUMCCCCUAAUUCAGUUAGCAGAGGUAGAUAAACUUUUUUUAUUUAAAUGCUAAUGUCYAUUGUAAUAGUGUGUGAGAGCGCAGCUGGUAGCUCCCGAAUUUUUUUCAUAAAACUUGGGUGUUGUUAAUAAAUGGUCUCU